GUGACAGCAUUUGAGGCGGUUGGUUGAUAAUUUGCUCUACUUCUGUGACUCGUCCGACGAACGGUUAAGCUUCCCUAAGCAGCAAACUACACCUGCGGUGCAAAAUGGCUCUCAACUGCGGUCAUUCGACCAUAAAGUAUCUACUGUUCAUCUUUAACCUCCUGUGCUCGCUAUGCGGCAUUGCGCUGAUCGUGAUCGGUGCCAUCUCGCUGGUCCGGCUGGAUGAGAUACGCGACAUCACCGAUGAGUACAACAUCGUGGCCCCCUCCAUUCUGCUGAUCGUGUUCGGCUCGGUCGUGUUCAUCAUUGCCUUCUUCGGAUGCUGCGGUGCUAUUCGCGAAUCGUACUGCAUGACCUCGACCUACAGCUUCUUCUUGAUCCUGCUGGUCAUCGCCCAGAUCGUGAUCGCCGUGCUGGUGUUUGUGUUCAUCGGUGACGUCACCGUCGCGAUGAAGAAGGGCUUCGAGCGCAUCUUCCAAAACCGAGACAACCCGGUCAACCGUGAUCUGAUUGAUACGAUCCAACGUUCCCUUGAGUGUUGCGGAAAGAGUAGCUUCCUGGACUAUGGCGUUGACUUCCCGCAGUCGUGCUGUUCCUCCCCCGGUAACGCUCCCCUUUGCGUACCCUUCGCUAGAGGUUGUACGGGCCGCUUGUCCGACUUCCUGGACAGUGCCGGAAACAUUGUUGCCUGGGUGUCGCUUGGUGUCGCCGCCGUCGAGCUGCUCGGACUCAUCUCGGCCUGCUGUCUGGCCAACGCCAUCCGCAACCAGCAGAGAAGAUACAGCUAAGAAGCCGCUACAGAAAACCGACACUACACGUUCGCUUUUUGGUUGGUUGGUGGGGGUGGGCGUUGUGGAAUGUGUCACACGGGCGAAUGCCGGGCAGUGGAAGAUCUAUGGUGGCCGUUCGAACGCACGUACUCGUUGCACAACUACUGCCCUUGCUUUUUCGGAGGCGUAAAUGGAAGCCGCUGCGCUUACAAAAUAGUGUUUAAGGCGUGACUGUGUAGUAUGUCCAUCAUUAUUACCAUCAUCAUCGUGCGGUUGUUUUUUCGUAUUAUUUGUACACUGCAUAUCUCACCAGAAGCUUUCGACGUGUUUGUUCAAAUUCUACGAUGAAUAGUGCAAAACAAAAAAACAAAAAAACCAAGCCACCAACUUUAAACCAAGAAGCAGAAGAUCAACAGCGAGCAACAUUAUUAGGCGUGGGCGACAAGGAGAAACACACCAGGAGAUAUCUCAUACACUACGGAUCAAUUGCACAACAUAGAUAAUCCACUAAGGGGUACAGAAAUGCAUCUGUACAUAACCGGAAGCAGAAUGUAAAACAACACAACCUACACCAACAGUGCCAGCAGCAGCAGCAGCAGCAGCAGCAAAAGGAACGAAUCUACAUGAGAGCAAUGCGAGAAAAAGAAUGAACCGGAGGACAAGUAGGCUACUGGCUCUAAAGAACGAGAACGAACGAACUACGGCACAUGGGUUGCUUUGUCCAAGUUUUUUGUGCUUUCGAAGAACAUCAUUUCUUUAUAUCAUUACAUAUAUCUACAUUUAAAAAAGAUAUGCUUAUUUAUCUAUAUAUUUGGCUUCAAAAAGGCUUUUUCCCCCAAGCAACGGGGUAAGGAAAGGACACACGCUGUUCUUUCACUUAAUUUUUCUUUCCGAUCUUCGACUAUUCCCGAGUGUCUGCAUGGGUGCAUACGCGAAAAUGAAUAUCGCUUCGGAACUAUAAACACUCGAGCAACUUUUGUAGCAAGUAAGCUAUCCAUCCUAACGAUUUAUAUACACACAUGAAAAACUAACUGCGUAACGAAACGCCAUACAAAACCAGGUGAAAGAGAACAUUUUCCUCACCCGCCCUCAAUUGAGAGUACUCUACACACGAAGUUGAAUGUUUUGCAAAACAUUUUAAACAUGUAAAACCCCACAAUCAAUAAGCCAUCGGUCAGUAUCGAACGUAACGCAGAAUGUUUUAGUAGCAUCACACGAAAUAGGUUCAGGUUCCUGUAAAUCGAACAAAUUGGAUUCUUUAGCGAAGAUUUAUUCGCUCAUAUAUAGCGUAGCGGCCGUGCCUUGUAAAGGAUGCAGUUAAAUUUUUGACAAAUUUCAAAAUACAGUUAAAAUAUAUGAAAUAUUUUUUUCGGUCGUUGUAACAAGUA